UUCCGGUUUUAUCUAGCCUUACCUUUAAUUAUCUAACCUAUGUUUAAGUCGCAUUUGAAUGUUGAUCGUUGUUUACAUUUUGAUUAAUGAUGAUGUUCACUGUUUAAGAAAAUGAGAUACCUUUUAAUUAAAACGUUAUUAAAUGUGAUAAAUAAUACAUUUUGCUAUUAUAAUUAAUAUUACACACUUUAAGAAUGAAUACUUCAUCAAACAAUGAAGAAAGAAAAAAAGAAUGGCCUUAUUUUAAAGGGAAUAAAAAUACAAUUGAUCAAAAGGUGCCCCUUCUUAUAAUGGAAAUACACAGACUGCGGCCUUUCUUUUCCAUAGAUAAACCUCGAUUACAUGUGCUUAAUAUGCCAGAACUGCAAAUCCGUAACGUUGAGAUUAUUGGCAUUAUAACAAAAGCUUAUGAACGAAGUAGACUUGAUCUUAUAAUUGACGAUGGUACAGGACAAAUUUCAGUAGUAUUCAAAUUGAUGAAUGAACUGAAAGAGGAACGUAAGAAGAUUGAUUCGAAAUUCCAAAGAUUGAGCAAAGUUGCUGAAUUAAAAAAUUUAGAACCCGAUCAAUACCAGUUAGAAAUACAAAACUUGGAAAAACGAUGGAUGCAGGAAACAAACAAUGGUAAAUUGGGAAUUUUUCAAGUGUUGGAUUACGUUAAUGUCAAAGGAUUUAUUGAUUUAGACUUUGGAAAAAAUAAAGUAACGAAAAAUGAUUUAUCUCUUGACAAAGGUAAUCUAUGCAAACCUGUUAUUUAUGCUAAAACCAUUCAACAUAUAACCGAAAAGGAAUAUAAUGAUAAAAUGCAAAGUUUCAUUUCAGGACUAGUUAGAAAUAGAUAUCAUGAAAAUUAAAAAGAAAAUGUUAACUUAUCUAAUGAUAUUUAAAACAAAUAUUUAUAAUAUUAUUUGAAAUCUAGGUAUCUUUUUUUUAUACAUUUCUUGAAAUAAAAUUUAAUUACAUAAUAUAAU